GUCUCUCACAGACUGAAUCUUUUUCUCUCCCUUGAGACCCUAGGAAAGCUAUAUAUUUGAUCAUUUGGAUACCACAACUACACCUACUACAUCUGCUGUGGACAUAUAGAUAACAGGAUUGGCUGUGAGAGCUGAAGAAAUACUGAUGAUGAAUGAAGAUAAAGUGUAUGAGAUCAUCCAGAGAUGGCGUGACACUCCAGAAGAAGAUCUGAAGCCGGAGGACUACCAGCGGUUCAAGGAUAUCGGAGCAGCCUGUCUCAGUGGCGGUGACAGCGAACAACUGCUGAAAUUUGUUCAGGAUGAGAAAAACCAGGGAAUUGUGAAGUCUAUGGGGUGUGGUCUCCUGGCACCUCUUGUAGAUGAAGUAGUAAGGAAUGAGAAGAGUCAUGACCACUGCCAGGCUGCCAUCACACAACUGACCAAGAUAUGCAGCCCAAGAAACCUCCUGGGGAGCAUCUUUGAAUUAACUGAAGCCAUAGAUCCAGGUGCCAUUUCUGACACCACUCUAGCCAUUCUUCCUCAUUUGCAAAGAGUUCUGCUUCAGCUGGAUGAGAACCAAGCGGCCUGUGUGGGUUUGGCUCUAUCAGCCCUUCAAAAGCAGCUGUCCCGGCUGCCUGUACCGUACACCCAGCAGCAGGAGGAGGCCGAUGAGCACGGCCUGUGUCGCUGCUGCAUCGCAUUGGCUGUAUUCACUGAGCCUUUUAUUGAGCGGCUGAAGAAGAUGGAUGAAAAGUGCAAGUCCACCACUGAAGAUGACGAGCUGAAGGCUGAGAUUCUGAAGUUCUGCAUGAGGAGUUUAAAAGAACCUUUGCUUGAAGCUGAGCUGAAUCAAGACAGAAGAUCGACUUUGUGGCUCUUUGCAGUGGAGAUAAUGGUCAUUCUGCCUGCAAUCAAAGAGUCUCUUUCAGGGCUUCUCUUCUUCAGUUCUCUGAGAAAAUUCCCCAUUAUGGAUACCAGUCUGACUAAGGAUUCAAUCGCAUGUUUGGCCUAUCUGCUUUUUGUCCAGCUCAUAACCAUCGACAGCUUUCCAGCAGUGUUCAAUCCUGUAUUUGUCCUGCAGUGCAACAUGGAACACAUCAAUCAACUCCUCAGUAGCAAAAAGGAAUCACAUUUGCUAAAAGCACUGGCACUGUUUGCUAAAAGCCUGGAGAAGGUGGAAGACAACAGCCUUCCAGUAGGUCUACUAGAUCUGAUGAGCUUUUAUAGUGCUCCACAGAACCUGCGACAAGUUCUGACUGACUGUCCCAUUAAACAUUUGAGAGAAUCGGGACUGAAGGUAUUCCAGCUUUUCAUAAACAAAUUAGAUGCUGAAGGGAAGCACAAGUUCUUCAGGUGCAUGUUGAAAACAAGUCACCAUGCAGGUAUUGAUAGUUACAUAGUGAAGAACAUCAGGGAUCAUAUUCAGUUGGCCAUAAAGUGUAAUGCCAACAAGUGGUUCUUGGGAAUGGAGCUUCUGCCACUGCUUGAACUGGUGCUCAGUUUACCACAAGGCGCAGAAACAGAUUUGCUUACUAAUAUGGAUAAAAUAAUGGAGAGUCUAAAUCUUCUGCGCUAUCUGCUUAUGCGAGACAAAGAACUGAGGAGCAACCCAGGCUUAUGGGAGGAGCUGAGCCGAAUCAAAGAUGGAUACCUAAAAAUGCUGAGAGUGUGUAUCGGUAUGUCUAGAGCAUAUUACUCUGCUGAGAUGAAAGCACUGAAGGAGGAUCAGAAGCUAAAAGCAAAAGAAGCCAGAGAGCACGCCAGGUCUGCCAGACUGGUAAAAGCCAUAACAGUAAAGCCUAACAAAGUUGAUCAUAUGUCUCCAGAGGUCCAGUACCAGGUGCUGCAGAGUGCAUUGGUGACAUUUGACUUGAUGGAAAGUCUUAUAGUCCGAAUAGAUGAAAUCACAGAGGAAAAGCUGGGGAAACUACACUGAGACAGCUCUUUUACGGCACUGGGAAGUUUUUAUUUAUUUUAUUUUACUGGUCUGACUGAUAAAAGAAGGCCUGCUGUGGUCCAAAGUUAGCAUUUUACCUUAGCUGAAAUUAGUUUCACAAGUACAGAUGAAAAGAAAGCAGUUUGCAUCAGUACUACAUAUGCUUAAUACAUGCUUGUAUAUUUACCAGAGGAUGUGUAUCAACUUGUGUCAUGUUAAAUAAAGCAAACUGGAUCACCUA